CCCCCCACACUUCUACCGUCCUGAAACACGGCUCUAGCCAACCUGCUCCGCUGCUUUACCUGCGACCGUCUCUGCGGGGGCUGCACGGCACCAGCCCCUCCAGCCCGCCAGGGCAUCGUCCUCCAGCCCGUCAUGCCCAGCUGUGACCCUGGCCCGGCCCCUGCCUGUCUACCCACCAAGACUUUCCGCAGCUACCUUCCCCGCUGCCACCGUACUUACAGUUGUGUCCACUGUCGAGCACAUCUGGCCAAACACGAUGAGCUUAUUUCCAAGUCCUUCCAAGGGAGCCACGGCCGGGCCUACCUGUUUAACUCCGUGGUCAACGUGGGUUGUGGGCCAGCUGAACAGCGCCUCCUGCUCACAGGACUCCACUCGGUAGCUGACAUUUUCUGCGGCUGCAGGACCACACUGGGCUGGAAAUAUGAACAAGCCUUUGAGACCAGCCAGAAAUACAAAGAAGGGAAGUACAUCAUUGAGAUGUCACACAUGGUGAAGGACAAACGGUUGGGAGCUGAGGGGCUCAGCAGGCCGGGACCCUCCUCCGCAUGCCCCCACCUUCCUCACACCAGCAAUGAGUACAUGCCCCACACCCUGGGGAAACCUGGCUCCAAACGACCACCGCCUCCCUCCCCCCCACCGCAAGCAGUACCAGGUCCCCUCGGAACAGGAGCCUGUGAUACCCAGGGGUAGUGAAGGCUCAGGGGCGGGUAGCAGUCAGAGAAAUAUGAAACCGGGGAGAGGAGAUGCUUGCAGCACUGAAAACAGUGAUGGCAGGGUGUGAACUCAGGCAGAUAGGUCUAGGAGUUAUCAAACUUUGAUCCGCCUUUUUUUGAAUAACCAGGACAAACCCCCUAGUGGUGGGGCUAGACCACAGAAUAGCAAAGACUUUGAUUGGAGUGAAAUUUUGGUGUCAGAUAUCAGGGCCCCAGAGUCUGAGGGUAGUUUACUCAACCCCAUUCUUGGUUUAAAAAAAAAAGACAAGAGAUGGGGGCAAUAGGAGGAAAAACCAAACCCUAGACCCUGGGAAAUCAGUUGCAGGGGGUUCCCAUUUCACUCCGCUGUUACCAUUGGCACUACAGAGGCACUUUUAAGUAUCUAAUCUUUGCCAUUGGGUGGGGUGGGGAAAGCUACAAGAACAGCCCCCACCCCCAGCUGGCUGUUGCCAGAGAGAGCAGUCUUUACUUACACGGGCAUUCCCCAAGGCUCAGCCACUGCUCCCUGGGACCCAGUCCCUUGGAGGCGGUGGAUUCUUCGGCGCUGCAGGACCAGUCUUUCCAGUGACUGCCACCAGCGAACGAAACUUUUGUAUG